GGGCGUGCGCGUCGCCGCGGUCCUUCAAUCUCAGAGAGGAGAAGAUGGCAGCCAGCAUGUACAGAGCCGGGAGCGCCGUUGGGAAAGCCUUGGCCAGGGCCCGGAGGCCUGCCCUUGUGAGCCUGCGGAGGAGCCAGGGCACCAUGUCCUACGCUCAGACUCUGGUCAGCAUUCCCGAGACCAAGGUGACCACACUGGAGAACGGGCUGAGGGUGGCCUCCGAGGACUCGGACCAGCCCACCUGCACGGUUGGGUUGUGGAUUGAUGUUGGCAGCCGCUAUGAAACUGAGAAGAACAAUGGGUGUGGAUACUUUCUCGAGCACAUGGCCUUCAAGGGCACGAAGCAGCGCCCCCAGGCUGCUCUGGAGAAGGAGGUGGAGAGCAUGGGCGCGCAUUUAAACGCCUACACGUCCCGAGAGCAGACAGCCUACUACAUGAAGGCCAUGGCCAGCGACCUGCCCAAAGCUGUAGCGAUCCUGGCUGACGUUGUUCAGAACAGCUCCCUGGGUGACUCCGAGGUGGAGAGGGAGCGGGAUGUGAUCCUGAGAGAGAUGCAGGAGAUCGAGUCCUGCCUGCAGGAUGUCUGCUUCGACUACCUCCACGCCACAGCCUUCCAGGGGACCCCUCUGAGCCACACCAUUCUGGGGCCCACCGACAAUGCCAAAUCCCUGACCCGCAAGGAUUUGGUUGAGUACAUCAACACCCAUUACAAGGCUCCCCGCAUGGUCCUGGCUGCAGCUGGAGGUGUGAACCACAAUGAUCUGGUGAGCCUGGCCAGGCAGCACUUCAGCAGCAUGUCCUUCGAGUACGAGAGUGAUGCCAUCCCAGUGCUGGCUCCCUGCCGCUUCACCGGGAGUGACAUCCGAGUUCGUGACGAUGCCCUCCCCCUGGCUCACGUUGCCAUCGCAGUGGAAGGAGCUCGCUGGGCCAGCCCUGACAUCAUCCCUCUGAUGCUUGCCAGCACUAUGAUCGGAAGCUACGACGUCACCCACGGAGGGGGCAAGAACCUCAGCAGUACCCUGGCACGCCUCUCCGCGGAGGACAAGCUGUGCCACAGCUUCCAGUCUUUCAACACCUGCUACUCCGACACGGGGCUGUUCGGCAUACACUUCAUCACAGACAAGCACAACGUGGAGGACAUGCUGCACUUCGCCCAGCGGGAGUGGAUGCUUCUGUGCACCAGUGUGACUGAGAGUGAUGUGGUGAGAGCGAAGAACGCUCUGAAAACCAGCCUCAUCGCUCAGCUCGACGGAACCACCCCCGCAUGCGAGGACAUCGGGCGCCACAUCCUCAGCUAUGGGCGCAGAAUCUCAUUGGCUGAGUGGGACGCAAGGAUUGACGCGAUUGAUGCUAAAACCAUUCGUGACGUUUGCUCCAAAUACAUUUAUGACAAGUGUCCAGCAGUGGCUGCUGUGGGUCCAAUCGAACAGCUCCCUGACUACAACCGGAUCCGCAGCGCCAUGUACUGGCUGCGCUUCUAGGUCCAUUCCCCUCUCCUUCCCUGUUCUCUCCAUGUACAGUAAAAACAGUGUGGAAAAGCUCGCCAGCUGUACUCCGGCGUGUAUAAACAGCUCUCUCCAGCUAUACACCUGUUGUUUUGUCUGAUUUGUUUUCUUACUGAUGGGGGGGUGGAAACAGCACUGGAUACAGAGUUUAAAUAAAGAUUGUAAUUUAAGUGA